AUGGCCACGAAGAAGGCGGGCUCGCGGCUGGAGACGGAGAUCGAGCGGUGCCGCUCCGAGUGCCAAUGGGAGCGGAUCCCCGAGCUCGUCAAGCAGCUGUCGGCCAAGCUCAUCGCCAACGAUGACAUGGCAGAACUUCUCCUUGGGGAGUCCAAACUAGAACAGUUUUUGAAGGAAAAUCCUUUUAAACAGGGCACUAGUCCCCGGGGUCCCCGGCCAAAGCUGACCGAGGUCAAGAAACAUCUCACUGCAGCACUUGACAGAGGAAACCUAAAGCCAGAAUUCUUACAAGAAGCCAACUUAAUUAUGGCCAAGUUAAACUAUGUGGAAGGUGAUUACAAAGAAGCACUUAACACUUAUGCCAGGGUUGAAGUUGAUGACUUGCAUCUUGUUGCUGUGCCUCCUUAUAGGCUGAGGAUGAUUGCUGAAGCAUAUUCUACCAAAGGUCUUUGUCUAGAGAAGUUGCCAAUUUCCUCUUCAACUAGUAACCUCCACACGGACCGUGAACAAGAAAUCAUUACGUGCUACGAGAAGGCUGGAGAUAUUGCCCUCCUGUACCUUCAGGAGAUAGAAAGGGUAAUAAUUACCAAUAUACAAAACAGAAGCCCUAAACCGGGGUCUGCAGUGCAUGAACAGGAACUGGGAUUUUUCCUAGAAACAGGACUCCAAAGAGCACAUGUCUUGUAUUUCAAAAAUGGGAACCUGACAAGAGGAGUUGGUAGAUUUAGAGAGAUUCUAAGAGCUGUUGAAACAAGAACUACACAAAAUCUACGAAUGACAAUAGCCAGGCAGUUAGCUGAAAUUUUGUUACGAGGUAUGUGUGAACAGAGUUACUGGAAUCCACUGGAAGACCCUCCUCACCAGUCACCUCUUGAUGAUCCACUUCGGAAAGGCUCAAAUACUAAAAAUUACGCACUCAGCAGAAGACCUCGGGUGUACACUGGAGAAAACAUUUUUUGUCCUCAAGAAAAUACAGAAGAAGCCCUAUUGUUGUUGCUGAUUAGUGAAUCUAUGGCUAACCGUGAUGCUGUACUGAGCAGAAUACCAGAGCACAAAAAUGAUCGCAUCAUCAGUUUGCAAAGUGCAUCUGUGGUCUACGAUUUGCUUACAAUUGCCUUAGGGAGAAGAGGUCAAUAUGAAAUGCUAUCAGAGUGUUUAGAAAGAGCAAUGAAGUUUGCAUUUGAAGAGUUCCAUCUUUGGUAUCAGUUUGCAUUGUCCCUAAUGGCAGCAGGAAAAUCUGCUCGAGCUGUGAAAGUCUUGAAGGAGUGUAUACGUUUGAAACCAGAUGAUGCUACUAUUCCACUCCUUGCCGCAAAGCUAUGCAUGGGAUCUCUUCACUGGUUGGAAGAAGCGGAAAGAUUUGCCAAAACGGUUGUUGAUGUUGGUGACAAAACAUCGGAGUUCAAAGCAAAAGGCUAUUUAGCAUUGGGACUAACUUACAGCCUGCAAGCCACUGAUGCAUCUUUGCGAGGGAUGCAAGAGGUCCUGCAGAGAAAGGCUCUUCUUGCAUUUCAGAGGGCCCACAGUUUGUCUCCAACAGAUCAUCUCGCAGCAUUUUACCUGGCACUGCAGCUUGCCAUAUCUAGACAGAUACCAGAAGCUUUGGGUUAUGUUCGUCAGGCUCUCCAACUUCAAGGAGAUGAUGCCAACUCUUUGCAUCUCCUUGCACUCUUGCUGUCAGCCCAGAAACACUAUCAUGAUGCUUUGAAUAUAAUUGACAUGGCCUUGAGUGAAUAUCCAGAAAACUUCAUAUUACUGUUUUCAAAAGCCAAACUGGAAUCCCUGUGCAGAGGCCCAGAUGAGGCACUCCUUACCUGCAAACAUAUGCUACAGAUUUGGAAGUCCUGUUACAAUCUCACUAACCCUAGUGAUUCUGGACGUGGGAGCAGUCUGUUAGACAGAGCCAUUGCUGACAGACGACAGCUCAAUACGAUUACCUUACCUGACUUCAGUGACCCUGAAACAGGUAACCCACCAGAUGCUUACUUUCAUGGUUUUUACUCCCUUUUUUCAGUUUGUUCAGUCCAUGCAACGUCAAUAGCAGCCUCCAGAGUGGAGCAGGCACUGUCUGAGGUUGCUUCAUCUUUGCAGAGCAGUACUCCUAAGCAAGGUCCUCUGCAUCCUUGGAUGACUCUGGCUCAAAUCUGGCUUCAUGCAGCUGAAGUCUAUAUAGGAAUUGGGAAGCCUGCUGAAGCCACAGCAUGUAUCCAGGAAGCAGCUAACCUCUUUCCAAUGUCACAUAAUGUCCUCUACAUGAGAGGUCAAGUGGCUGAACUUCGAGGAAAUAUUGAUGAAGCCAAACGCUGGUAUGAAGAGGCCUUAUCUAUCAGUCCUACCCAUGUAAAAAGUAUGCAGAGACUGGCUCUGAUACUUCACCAAUUAGGACGCUAUAGUUUGGCUGAGAAGAUUCUCAGAGAUGCUGUCCAGGUGAAUUCUACAGCCCAUGAGGUUUGGAAUGGUCUUGGGGAGGUUCUACAAGCUCAGGGCAAUGACGAUGCAGCAACAGAGUGCUUCCUGACAGCAUUAGAGCUUGAAGCCAGCAGCCCGAUCGUCCCUUUUACCAUCAUUCCACGAAUUCUCUGA